CCGGCGGCGUGACGCGGCGCGGUGACGUCAGGCGGAGCUGUCCGCUCAGCACCGCGCGGCGGGCCGCCCCGCCAGCAUGCGCGGGGGCCGGGGCCGGGGCCGGGAGCGCCGGUGGUGGCGGGGCCGGUACCGCUGCGGGGCCGGGAGCGCAGCCGGGGUGCAGCUUUGCCGGCGAGCCAUGGGGCAGGAGCAGAGAUUUUGAUGCCUCUCCCGGGAGUCCCCAGAGCCAUGACUGCAACUGUGCAGACGCUGCGGUUCAAGCUGCUGCCGCACGAGCCGGGCCAGGAGUGGGGUCACAGCUGCCAGCAGGAAAUCGAGCGUCGCUACCAGGUGGUGCCCUCGGUGGUGUGUGCCAUGUGCUGCCUCUUUGGCAUCAUCUACUGCUUCUUUGGCUACCGCUGCUUCAAGGCUGUGAUGUUCCUCACGGGGCUGAUGUUUGGCUCCAUCAUCAUCUUCAUGCUGUGCUACAAGGAGCGGGUGCUGGACACGCAGCUGAGCGUGGAGGCGUCGGUGGGCAUCGGGCUGGGCAUUGGUGUCCUAUGUGGGCUGGUCACCAUGCUGGUGCGCAGUGUCGGCCUCUUCAUGGUGGGGCUGCUCCUGGGGCUGCUGCUGGCAGUGGCCACACUGGUGGUGAUGGAGCAGUUCUACCACCCGCCGACAGUGUGGAUCCCCAUUGCGCUGCUCCUGGGCGUGGGGAUGCUCUUCGCCGUCCUCACCCUGCAGUGGCAGCGCUUCUUCACCACCCUCUCCACCGCUGUCUUUGGCAGCGCCAUCAUGACCGUCACCGUCGACUACUUCAUCGAGCUCUUCCUCCUGGUGCAGUACAUUUAUGAGCGCAUCAAGGUGGCCCCUGCUCGCCCUGUGUGCUGGUACAGCUGGGUCAUCCUGGGCGUCUGGCCACUCCUCACCACACUGGGUGUCCUGGUCCAGUGGAAGGUCACGGCCGAGGGCUACUCCCACACCGAAGUGAUCAUCAGCCGGCAGCAGCGCCGCGUGCAGCUGAUGCGCAUCAAGCAGCGGGAGGACCGAAAGGAGAAGAAGAAGAAGCGGAGACCCCACCACCCACCGCCCCACCAGCACAAAGCCCACCCGCCUGAGCCUGCCUACCGCCGCAAGCCCAACCCUGUGCGCCGCUUCGAUGGGGACGUGCUCUCGCCCGUGAGUCCCACACCCAGGAGCUACAUCCAGAGUUUCCGAGAGCGGCAGACGGGGCCGUCCCUGAACAGCCUCAUCGCCAGCUCUCACACCGUGGUGGACCUGGACUAUGACUGCAGCUCCACUGUGCCCCUCACCACGGGCUCCGGCCCCGCCGUGCGGGUAUAAGUCAACCCAGUGACCUCAAGCGACACCAGCACCCCAGCCUGCUCCGACAGACCCCCUGGGACAGGUGGGGCUGAGCCGUUGGCCCCUGGCAGCCACGCGUGCCUCGGGGCUGCAGAUGGAGACCUGUCCUGGGGACAUGUGGGACGUGGCUGGGUGAGCCCUGGCUGCCCAUGAGGCCCGGAGGUGCUGGGGGAACCCUCCGGCAGGGACUUGGCCCAAGGACUGGGGACACCAGCACCCAUGGAUGCGUGGUGCAAGCAGUUCUGCUGGGGCGGGGGGUCCUUGAGCCCUUGCUGCUGUGUGUUUCCCCAUGGCUCGGGCAUGCUCAUCCUGCAUCCCAACAGCUCCCUCCCCACGUUUGAGUCCUCCCUUCCCUGAGAGCAGCUCCCUGUGCCUGCCCCCACCCCAUCGCACCCCCCCCCAGCAACUCCCCAAGUGCCUGUGCCCCACAUCCCUUCCUCAAAGAGCAGGUCCCCCAGCCCUCCCCUCCCCUCCAGGGUCUCCCCCGAGCAUGUGUGCCCCAUCCCACUCUGGCCCUGAGAGCAGCUCCCAGGCAGUGCUUUCCAAAACCUGCCUCCUCAGAAGGUCCCCCUGCCCUGGACACCUUCCCUGCCCCUAGAGCAGCUUGCCUCCCCCACCUUUUCCCAAGCUGGACCAGGGUGGUCCUGGGGCAGAGGCUUCCAGGGACAGGUGGUUCUCGUGAGGAUUCUGCCCUAGGGUGAUGCUGCGUGCACCGUCCCCUUUCCCCCCCAAGAUGUUUUAACAGGAGACAGGACAUUGGUUCCAGCCUUCAGGCAGAGGCUGGGCUGCCUCAGGGACGCAGGGACCCCCAUGGCGUCAGAGGCCAUCGCUGUUUUGCUGGCGACUGGAUUUUAUAGUGGCCAGUGGGGCCCUGGGUACAGGCAGAGCCUCUGGCUGGGGCAGGGUAGGGCGGGAGCCCCUGCCCAGAGUACUGCUGCAGGCAGAGGCUCCCGCCUUGUACAUAUUUCUCUUGCUGUGAUUUGUAUUAAUUUAUUACGGAGUGAGCCAGGACUUCCCCGUGGCCAGGCAGGCAGGAUGGCAGUGAGACUGGACCGGGGUGCCCCCUUGGUUUUGGGAGCCCUCCCCAUCCCCAGCCCAGCCCGGACAGCCCCGCUGCCCUGGGAACUGCAUGUUUCUGCCAGGUGACCCCGUCCCCGCAGCGCCGCACCACCGUCCCCCUUUUCAGUCUCUUUUGUAAAUGUGCCAAACGCUGCUGAGGCCACGGCCACACAGUAAAGAGCCUUUCGGA